CCGCCCCACAAAAAUGCUUCGAUUACCCGCAGUCCUUCACCAGAUGAGGCCAGCGUCCAGGGCAGUGGCUCCUCAUCUCACUCGGGCUUAUGCCAAAGAUGUAAAAUUUGGUGCGGAUGCCGGAGCCUUAAUGCUUCAAGUUGUAGACAUUUUAGCUGAUGCUGUAGCCGUUACUAUGGGGCCAAAGGGAAGGACAGUGGUUAUUGAACAGAGUUGGGGAAGUCCCAAAGUGACAAAAGAUGCUGUGACUGUUGCAACGUCCAUUGACUUAAAAGAUAAAUAUAAAAAUAUUGGCGCUAAACUUGUUCAAGAUGUUGCCAAUAACACAAACGAAGAGGCUGGGGAUGGCACCACUACUGCUACUGUUCUGGCACGUUCUAUCGCCAAGGAAGGCUUUGAGAAGAUUAGCAAAGGUGCUAAUCCAGUAGAAAUCAGGAGAGGUGUGAUGUUAGCUGUUGAUGCUGUAAUUGCUGAACUUAAGAAGCAAUCUAAGCCUGUGGCAACCCCAGAAGAGAUUGCCCAGGUUACUACGAUUUCUGCAAAUGGAGACAAAGAAAUUGGCAACAUCAUUUCUGAUGCGAUGAAAAAGGUUGGAAGAAAGGACGUUAUCACAGUAAAGGAUGGAAAAACACUGAAUGACGAAUUAGAAAUUAUUGAAGGCAUGAAGUUUGAUAGAGGGUAUAUCUCUGCAUACUUUAUUAAUACAUCAAAAGGUCAGAAAUGUGAAUUCCAAGAUGCCUGUGUUCUGUUGAGUGAAAAGAAAAUUUCUGGUGUCCAGUCCAUUGUUCCUGCUCUUGGAAUUGCCAACGCUCACCGUAAGCCCUUGGUCAUAAUUUCUGAAGAUGUGGAUGGAGAAACUCUAAGUACACUCAUUUUGAAUAGGCUGAAAGUUGGUCUUCAGGUUGUAGCAGUCAAAGCUCCAGGUUUUGGUGACAACAGAAAGAACCAGCUUAAAGACAGGGCUAUUGCUACUGGUGGUACAGUAUUUGGAGAAGAAGAGCUAACUCUAAAUCUUGAAGAUGUUCAGCCUCAUGACUUAGGAAAAGUUGGAGAGAUCAUUGUGACCAAAGAUGAUGCCAUGCUCUUGAAAGGAAAAGGUGACAAGGCUCAAAUUGAAAAGCGUAUUCAAGAAAUCAUCGAGCAGUUAGAUAUUACAGCUAGUGAAUAUGAAAAGGAAAAACUGAAUGAACGUCUGGCAAAACCUCAGAUGGUGUUGCUGUGCUAAAGGUUGG